AUGGUCCUCCGAAUGUUUGCCUCCACGCCCCCAACGCUAUCGCCCUCAAGAUGGAAUCAUAACAAUUUAUUUGAAAGGAGGGGAAUAUGUUUUCCACCCCCUCGUACCAGGGAUGUCGCUAUCUAUCUCUCAGGAGUUUUGUUUGCCAUAGGGUGGUGGACGUUCGUGGACGCCGUAGUAUAUGCCAUCAUCAGAGGAAACACUCUAUCCGAUACUAUUAACGUCAUUGAUUGGAUUUCCGGAAUUAUAACGACCAUCGGGAUGUUAAUUGUUGGCUCAAUCGAUAAGACCCUCAUCACCGAUGAAUUUGCCAUUUACUCGAUUUCAAAUGAAAUUCGCUGGAAAGCCAGGUUGCUAUUAUUCUUGGGGUUCACGUUGUUGGUGGGCGGAACGUUUUGUUCGAUGUCCGUAUUUAUCCUCAAAUAUAUGCUAAGAGACGUGGAAAUGGAAAAAUUGUAUUUUGGAGUUGCCGUGUUGGUUCAGAAUGUAUGCGUCAUGAUGAGUUCGUUUGUUCUGCUAAUCGGUCAAAGAGCACCCAAUACAAAAUAUGACAUCCUCUUAUGA